AGGAAUCGUUCCCAAAAAGUAAUGGGUUUGCUUCAAAGCCAACCGAUUCUCACUCCUUCCCUCACUCCAUUACAUCACAAACAACCACACCUAUAUACAUAUAUAAAUAUAUAUAUAUAAUUCGUGUUUGUGUAUCUCAGUUGUUUAAGUUUCCUACGUUAGUACACUUCCUAAGUUGCGACUGCAAGAAAAGAAGAACAUCAUAAGUGAGCACAUUUUCACCUUUCUAAUUUUCAGACAUCCAUUCACUUCUAUAUAUAGCAACUCCCACCCUUUUCUACAUAGUUGAUCAUUUCCUCCAUCAUCCCAAACCUCUCUCUUUGUAUUCAACUAAAGGGUAAGUAAAGUUGCAUCAAAAAAACUACCGACCAAAAGCAUGCUGCAGGAAGUUACUAUGAUCAAGGGGAAGCGGAGCAAGCGGCCUCGCUCCGCCUCCCCUCUCGCCCUAACCAUCGCCACCAGCUCCGAGCUCAGCGGUGGUGGUGGAGCUGUUGGCGACGGCGUUAUAAGCGACGUCUCGCCUUCCCAUUCACAUGAUGAGGAGGAGGAAGAUAUGGCGAAUUGUUUGAUCCUCCUGGCCAAAGGGAGGUCAUCACAGCCGGCCGCGGAGGCGUACCAGUGCAAAACGUGUAGCAAGAGUUUUUCUUCCUUCCAAGCUCUCGGCGGCCACCGUGCGAGUCACAAGAAGCCCAUCAAGCCAGAAGAGAAGAAGCCGUUGAUGAGAGAGAAACAGGAGAGAGAGUGUUUUCAGCUGGCGGAACGUGACGACAGCACAAAUCUGUCUCUUCAAAUCUCAAACAGAUCGGCUUCGUCUGGCAGCCCGCAGAGCAAGACUAGGGUUCACGAGUGCUCCAUAUGCGGCGCCGAAUUCGGUUCCGGCCAGGCGUUGGGCGGCCACAUGCGGCGGCACAGGCCAAUUCCCGCGGUGGCCAGCGGCGGAGUGAAGAAGGCGAGGAAUCUGUUAUCCUUAGACCUCAAUCUUCCUGCCCCAGAAGAUGAUCAACCGGAAUCAAAGUUUCCUUUUGCCACCAAGGAACAAGUCAUAGUCUUCGCUGCUUCGCCAUUAAUUGAUUGCCAUUAUUAAGUAGAUUAUAAAUUUAAUUUGUUAUUGAUUCUUUUUUUUUUCCCUUUAUCUUUUUAUUGAUUCUACGAAUUUCACAUGGAAAGUAGUGAAAUUCGUUGACAUUAUUUAUUCAAUAUUCAUAAGCUCAUAAAUGUAGUUGAUUCUUUUAUAUUUGACAAA